AUGGACAAUCUGUACAGUUCUGCCCCAGAGUAUAUGGGCAACACCUUAGCAGAUAUCAACCAACAGGUUUUGAAUGGUAUGGGUGAUGACUACGACUACGACGGACUUUUCAACGAACAGUUCUCAUCCGAAGAUUUCAUCAACUCGUGGGACUUUGGGGCAACCCAGGGCGUGGCUCCGAAUACAGUCAAGGAAGACGCUCAGCUUCCAGUUGAUCCUAAGCUCGAAUCGACCGCCGACACUCACGCCCCAUCCGACCUAAACUCCAUGUCGAAUGUGCCCAACGACAUAGGAGCUCCUAAGCCUCACCAGCUACAAGAUCCAGUUCCCAUGCCAAAGACAUCUUUGGCGCAGCAGCCCCGAACAGUACGCCAGCCUCUGGCACUACCCGUGCCUGUACCGGCCAAUGCGUCCUCAGUUCAUCAGCCUUUGGCACUACCUGUGCCUGUGAUGGGAAAUGCGGCCUCCAGUAGAGUUUCUCAAAGCGUGGAUCUCGCAGCAAAUGAUCAAUUUUCACUCUUUGACACUCGUGGACAAACAAACUCGCACAUUCCUCCCAAUUAUAACGCUUACAAUUCCUAUCAACCUAGUUAUCAUUACCCGGACAAUGGUAUCCAAGGGAUCUACGGCCCUCAGGGCAUGGCACAGUAUCCCCUUCAACCUUCAGCCGCAAUCAAAUCUCAGUCUAUGCACAAGAUAAUCCAAGUAAGCAAAUGCGCAAAUUGUCGUCAGGACCCUCAUCCUGGCCCAUGCUUUUCACAGGCAGCUCCCCAGACUCCUCCCCAGGCUCGUCGGCCACCUCAACAAAGACUUCAGCAAGAACCACCCCAAGCACCAUCCCAAGAAGCAGAUGGACGGCCAAUUUGGUUGCAGACACCUCCUAAGCGCAAGCGAAAUGUUGCAUUUGACGACGAUGAGGAUGACGACUCCGACCUGGAGGGUCCCCGGAAGAAGCCUGGUAGAAAGGGACGGACCCUCAAGACUAAACGCGGAAGGGAUAAAGAUUUCGAGAUUGGAAUCAAGAUGUAUGGAAUGUUCCGAUUCCCGGAAAUGGACUGGGUUUCGCACAGAAGGUUCAAAUUUCUGUACUUGCCCACGGGACAGUUGGAGAAGAAGAUUCUAUUCUCGGCUGAGGACUUGAAGGACUAUGUCUACAACUGUCCUCGAAACCCAAGGCUUUGGAUCCAGCAAAAUCCAGCGCAGUGCACAGAACGAACUAUCGAUGCUGACACUAUGUGUCGAUACGAGAACUGCCCUGAUUCAAACAACACGAUAAGACCUGGCUGGGUGCGCGUGGCGUUCGACGAGUUCCAUCAGCUUACCUCUUGUGGUCAGAAGGAUCCUUUCAAGAUGGCUGGUGUUAUGCACCUUUGGUGCUUCGAGCAGUGCAUCGACCCCGUAGAGGUAAUGGCAAAUGGGAAAAUGAUGCCAGAUGAUCGCGACGACGAGCAUCUCAUCAAGGAAAAGUCGAACAAGAUGGCCAUCACUCGGGAUUCUGACACAACGAUCGUUAAGCAUACGAUCAGACCUUGGUUCAAGAAGCAUGCGGGUCAACCACUACAAGCUCCUUACGCGAACUAUGCGGAGUCUCUCUCCUACGCGCUUGUCAAGCACCAUCUGGAUCAUCAAGUCGGUGCUCGUGCCAGGAGCCGCGGUGGUCGCAACAAGGAUAGACCGGAAAGCGAGCUGAAGACCAUUGACGUUCACAUGGGCCGCCUCGACUUCUGGGCCGCUCGCGACACUGCUUCCAGGAAGAAGAGGUCGGCGAAGCAUUCUCGUGCUGCUGAACCUGAGCAGUUAUAUAUUCCGGCGACCUCCAAUGGACUUCCUCCGACACAAAAAUCUGCUGAACUGACGCCAUAUGGCUCGACAAAGAACUUCAGCGAUGUGCUAGAGAGUAUUUCCGUUGCCAAUAACUAUGAGUUUGAUUAUAACGGAGUCAUGCCGGAGGUGAAGAAGGAGGAGGAGCCAGUCAAGGUCGAGGAUAGCUCAAAGUGGUCUGGGCCUGCCCCAGGGAUCCAAAGAGUAUCGAUAUCAAUCAGCGAUAUUCUAUCUCCCAGUGUUCUCCUAGAGCAGGAGGACGUUGUGCAGCCGAGCCCCAAAGCAGAAACUGGUCGCAAAGAUCAGCCCAUCUCGCCACUACGACGAAGCCCCCGCCUCUCAGCUGGGAACAUUUCUGAUUCUGUUCAGACCGAGACCAAGGCUACCACUUCCCCAGAAAAGGCGCAAGCCUCCGGCUUGGCUUUCCCUACGGCCCCUAAGAAAGUAUCCGUGGCUCUGCCCUCUACACCAGAGGGCCAGAGAGCUGCUUCGUUGAGUGAUAGUCUUUCCGAAUCGCCAUCCGCCCGACCAGUAAAAAACAAAUCCCCUCGAGAAGGGUCUGGUCACGCUGGUGAGGAGACUCAGGGCUCACCUUUGAGGAGAAGCAGCCGAGCGAGCCCUAAGAAGAAGCUUUGAGGCAGCAGGUGGCGAUGAUCAAGGACUAUUGAAAGUUGCUGGAGUCAUGGAGUGGAUGUAAUAGUACGGUAUCCCUGCUGGUUAGAGGACUACACAGGAUAUGGAGUUUUUAUUGGGUUUAGAGGAUAUGGAUCAAAAUCUAUGGAGCCAUGGGAUGUGUCGUGUUUCUGCAAUACCCCAUUUCUCAUGGUUCAGGAUAACAGCAUAACAUAGCAAUCAGUGCAUUAGACUUGGCUUAGUAUUCAGUCCGGAGUUUGGAGUUUAUGUUCACCUUCCUGUUUUAGUAUUAGAGAAUCAAAUUGUAUACACG